CUUCGGCUUUAGCCUUAGGGAUGCCCGGGGAUGCUCGGAAGCGCGUGUUCCGUUCCCGGUGAGGCGGGAAUCUAGCGAUUAAUGUUUUACUGAUUCAUGGAUGCAAAGAAUGAAAACAUUUUCAUCGUGAAGAAAGUUCCUAUUUAACUUGCCUACAUUCUGAUCAAGACUUUGAAGUAUAAUUUGAAGAAUUCAACAUGGAGUUUGAAUAUUAGUCACCUCUAAUAGUUCCUUUUAUCAUGUUUUCCUGUCUGAAAAUUAACCAGACUAAGUUUAUCAAAAGGCAUCGGAUCCAAAGUGGGAUAAAUGAGAGAGAAAUGUUGUGUAAUGACUGCCAGUGCCUUGGAGGAGGGAGUAUAGGAGUCAAAGUUGGAUGCUAGUUAUGUUUUCCAAUUAUAGUCAGUGUUUCCUCUGAUAUCCCUAAUAAAUCUCAUCCUGAAGAGCUUUACGUACUUCAACAGUUGCUGCAAAAGAUGGAAGAAAGAAAUGGUGAUGCAAAAGCUUUUUGGAGGGAACUAGAAGAGGAUGGAAAAGUGGACUUGAUAUUUGAGCAUGUACAGAAUGUCCUGUUGUCACUCAAACAAAAGAUCAAAGAUGGCUCAGCAACAAAUCAAGAAUAUAUCCAAGCCAUGACCCUGGUGAAUGAAGCAGUUACAAGUAACACCUUACUAUUGAUAAAGGAUGAUGAUAUAACUGACAGAGAAAGUGAGCAAGAAAGCAAGUCAAGUGUUUUACCUCCAACAUCACAUGAAGAUUCCAAUUCGGAAGACUCCUUGAUUUUAAAGACUUGGGGAGUCAGAGGACCUGAGAUCAGCCUCACCUCUGAGGUUUCCGAUUUUUAUGAUGUCAGAACCGUAGAGGAUGUAGCAGUUUUAGCUUUGGAAAAUGAAGUCUCAGAUUAUGAAGAGAAAAUAAUAUCUGUGCAUCUGUCUUAUCAGAAUCAUAUCUGCUGUGGUACAUGUCUGUCAAACGUAUCUCUCACCUCCAAAGUGGAGAACCCACUCAUGAUCCCCAUCUUGAGUAGUUUCCAAAGGCGACAUGCAAAGACAAACUCUAAUUGUGCGGCAUUCCACGUGAAUUAUAAAACCCCUUGUGGAAGGAGUUUGAGGAACUUUAAGGAGGUCCAUCGUUACCUGCUUGAGACAGAGUGUAGCUUUUUAUUUUUACAUCAUUUUUCUUUCAAUACCUACGUGCAGUUGAACAGGAACACACUGAAGAAAGAAGCUUUUGUUUCUGACUCUGAUAUUAGCCACGGAACUGAAUCUGUGCCUGUUACCUUCUGUAACGAAAUCGACAACAGAAGACUGCCACACUUCAAGUACCGGAGACGGACGUGGCCACAUGCCUACUACCUCAACAAUUUUUCUGGCAUGUUUAGCAAUUCAUGUGACUGCUCAAAAGGCUGCAUGGAUAUAGAAAAAUGUGCAUGCCUCCAGCUGACAGCAAAGGGCUAUGAUGAGAGUUCUGCAUGGUCAAGUGUUAAACCCACUCAUGGCUAUAGCUAUAAAAGACUGCAGCAGCCAGUACCCAACGGAAUUUUUGAGUGCAGUCUCUUGUGCAAAUGUGAUCCAAGAACAUGUCAGAACAGAGUUGUCCAGCAGGGUCUCCAAGUGCGCCUUCAGGUAUUCAAAACUGAGAAGAAAGGAUGGGGAGUCCGAUGCCUCGAUGACAUUGACAAAGGGACAUUUGUUUGCACUUACUCAGGGAGAUUAUUAAGCCGAGCUGGCCUAGAAGAAAUUGGCUCUGUUGAUGGAAAAGAGGAAGAAGAGGAGGAUAUUACUACCAAUGACAACGGAUCCCCAGCACUUUCAAAGAAGAGGAGAACAGAAGCUGUUUAUUCUGAUCCUGAAAUUGAGUUUGUCCAAAUUGAAGUAGGAACAAUUCCUGGAGACGUAGAAACUGAGGAGUACCUGAUUCAGCUCACCAGUGAUGCAGAUCCAUCUAUCCAGCAUGAGAAGUAUGAAUAUGAUCUAAGGAUUGAAAAUCAACCAGCCACUAGAAGACCUAAAACUAAAGCAGCCCUUCUUCAAAACUUUCGGAAAAAAGGGGGAAUUAUUACCCUGGAGUCUGGUAUAAGCUCAGAAGAGGAGGAUGAAGCUCAGCCAACUAAAGUCCAACCAAUCCCCAAUAUCAACGAAAAGAAAAGGGAGUCAAGCUGCCCUGGUGAAAAUUCCAAAUUCAAGCAGUUGACCAACUGUACCAUGCUGGAUAACCAUCAUUGUAAAGAAGAAAGUCUCAUGGAGAACACGUGUGAUCAGGCGGCCUCAGGGUGUGAUGCGACUGGGAUAAAAGAACGUGAGGUUCAGGAGCACGUCUUCCAAGAGGAAAGAAUGCUGGAAAGGCAAGAUCAAGAAAUCCUUUGUGAUGAAGAGUCACUAUCUGAAACACAGAUCGAUGUUUCAGAGUCUGUGAAGAAUCUUCAUGAAGAUAGCAUUUAUUUACUGGAUGCUACUAAAGAAGGAAACGUGGGUCGCUUCCUGAAUCAUAGUUGUAACCCAAAUCUCUUCGUGCAGAAUGUUUUUGUAGAGACACAUGACAGAAAUUUCCCAUGGGUGGCAUUCUUCACAAAAAGGCAUGUGAAGGCAGGAACGGAACUUACUUGGGAUUAUGGUUAUGAAGCUGGAAGUAUGCCUGAGAAAGAGAUUCCUUGUCAAUGUGGCUUUCACACUUGUAGAAAAAGAAUGGGAUGGCUUGCCAGAAGGGGAGGGAGAAGGGCUGCAGGGGAAUCUCGGCUAAGCGAAAAUCAAGAUAGAGAUAAAACACAAAGCAAAACAGUUAAAGCCCCUGUUCGGGGUGGGGGGGCCCCGGGUCCUAGAAGCACCCAGCCCGGGUGGCCUGAGCGCCCUGGACUCCCGGCGAGGUGGGGAGUGCAGCGAGCAGAAAACCGACAUCCUCACCCGGUCCAUCCCUCAAAAAGAAAACGAAACUCAACCCGUGCUGCUGAACGAGGAAUGGAAACUGAGUUGGUCCAACCCCUCGGCAUCACGGGGGAGAAGACUAGGGCUGCAGGGCCUGACUUACGGGAGAGGAGGAGCCUGGAGAGCCCCGGACGCCGCACCUGGUCCUGCCUAGACUUUUCACCUUCCCGGCCCUGCGGUCUAACCCCGAGCCAGCUGGGCCCAGGCUGCUUGUCAAUCAUGAUGGACGAGGCCGUAAGAGACCCCGCUGGUAUCUUCCAGCAAAGGAUGGUAAAAAUAACUUGUGAUCUGUGUCCUCAAGAUGAUGAACGUGGCGUACUGUAUGUCUCACAAGAUCUGGAAUUAGUAGCACACCAAAAUUGUUUGUUAUAUUCUUCAGGACUUGUAGAAUCUGAGGGGGAUCAUGCUUGCUUAAAUGAUGAUAGACAUUUUGAUGUGGAGCCAGUGAAAGAGGAAAUCAAUCGAGGAAAGAGACUGAAAUGCUCAUAUUGCCUUAAGAAAGGAGCUACUGUGGGAUGUGAUGUUAAAAAAUGUUCCAAGAAUUACCAUUUCUUCUGCGCCAGACAAGACCAAGCAACAAUGCAAGCUGAUGAACAUGGUGGAACUUACAAAGUGUUCUGCCAAAAACACACCCUUGGAAAAAGCAACCGUGUUUUCUCAACAAAAGUUGAUAUGCUGAAGAAGAUGAAAAAUUGUGGGCUCAUCGAAUAUUUAUUUGAAUCUCUGUUAGAGGAUCUUGAUGGGAUUCACUUCAAGAUUAAGGACAACACCACCUCAGAAAAAGAAUUACAAGAAAUUGCGAACUUGCUUUUUGACUCUGCCAUGUUUAGAAAAUCACUGAGGAAAAUAUCUACAGACACUAUGAUAUCAAAACUUCAGAGUGAGCAGAAACACCUAGAGAAGAAGAUAGAGGCACUCCAAGAUAUCAGAGAAAACUUGUUUCCUCCUCAGAAAGAUAUACAGAAUUAAAUAUUCAGCUGGUUCUCGACCUUUCUUUUUCCCCUACUGUUUCUUAAAUUAGGGACUUAUAUAAUUUUUUAAAAAAUGUUGUAUCAAUGUACUGUUUUAUACUAUGACUUCCCAAUGAUUUUUCCCUCCACUUCCAAGUAGAACCCUCCCUUGUAACUCUUCUCCAUUAGAUUGUGAACUCAUUGAAGACAGGGAUUGUCUUCUGCCUCUUUUUGUGUCCUCACGCUUUCAGCAUAAUGCCAGGCACACUGCAGGUGCUUAAUGUUUAUUGAUUGAUUUAGAACAAAUGACUAGUCAAGCCAACACAUUUUAUAUGGAUUUAUGAGAAAGUCAUAACCUUUCUUAUGAAAUAAUCGGAUUGAUUCUGUGACUUUAAAAAUCGGUGCUUUGUUGUUCUGUUGUUUCAGUUCUGUCUGAUGCCACUUG